AACGUUGAAAAAUUUGUUUUCGAACUGAAGAAACAAAAUUAGAUGGCUUAAAUUUACAGACCCACGAAUAGUAAUCAAUAUAUUUGCAUUCAAAAGUAACCCAGUUCUGACGCAUACUCACUUUGCCUGACGUAAACCCUAAUCAAAACAAACAGGAUGGCCGUAUGGUUCCUCUUUGUCGAGACGAAACCAACAUUUGAUACAAAGGUAUACUAAAAAUAGAAAUACGGAACUGUUUGCGUGGCAUAAAAGGCUGUGAGCACCUCGGAUUAUUUAUCGUUGAUAAAGUUGGGUUGCUGUUUGAAGUCGCUUUAAUGAUGACAGAAUUCGAAGAAAAAUCACUGAAAGUGAUUUUUGAUGGAUCAAACCUUGGUGUUAACUACGGUGAUUUAGUACUUAAGACUGAUAUAGAAGCAGUAAGAAAUGCUAUCACGUCUGUUGUGGGUGUCGUAAAUCUAGACAUGUGCUUAAAAUUAGGUGUUGGCGCGGUUGCCGCUACAUCUUUAUAUGUUGCUGCAAAAUGCCUUAAAGGGUAUUUGCCAUGGGUUAACAUCCAAGACGUCAAUGAAAAUAAUGUUCUCAAAGUUGCCGUUCCAAAAAAACAUGAAGAAAAGUUUAACAAAUUGCUUGCUGAGGGAAAAAUAACUCAGAAGGUGAAAAUGGAUUUUGAAGAUCUGGAUACCACAUUAAUGAGGUUUCUUGGAGAUCACCAUGUAAAACAAAAAGAAAUACUUGAUCUCAUCGAAAAAGUCAGAAUUAAAUCCGUUGAAACACCAUGUGUGUCAGAAAUUUCAGCAAACACUACGGCUGGUGUGGUUAUGGCAGGAUAUAACAGUGAUGAAAUACAUAACCGAAACGUUAAAGUUAUUGGAUUUGGGAAAGGACUGGUAGCUGGAGAACUCAUGACAAACAAUGCACGCGUGGAACGUAAGAUAUAUGGCGGAGCCAUUAUGGUUGAGAGAAGAAAUAUAGAUAACUCUGUUCCAUUGCAGAACGACAAUGAAGCAAACGAGGAUUAGUCUCUGAUUUGAUUUUUCAGAUCUGGUCCCUAAUGGUCUCUAACUUUCAAUUUUGGAUGAUUAAAUAGAAUUAGUAUCAUUUCUUGCAAAUUUUCGUUGUAUAUUUGUAAGUUUUGCAUUAAAUAGUUUGAUCUUGAGGUA